UUGUGGAUAGUGUUUUCGGCCGAGCAAGCCCCCGAAUCGCCGAACCCUACACACCUCUCGUGAUUGAACUGCACUGCACACUCGAUCCCCCUUUUCCUGAUCGAAUUCUAAGCUUGAUCUCUACAUUUUGGUGAUGAGUUGAGUUGAGCACACCCACGACCAGGGGUUUUUCCACAGCUGCAAUUUGUUCUCCGUCCGGUGUGCUAAACCUCUCGUUUUUUUGUUGUUAAAAGUGUUGUAAUCGUUGGCGUUUGGUUCCAUUUUGAGUUGCUGGGGUUGUUGCGAAGUAAGAAGAAAUGGCGACUUGUUGCAGUCAAGCUGGAGCAGUGUUGGCUGCUGAGACAAGCGCCUAUGGUGCGGGGUCGAUGAGGAGCUGUUCCAGCUUGGGAUCGAGUUGCAGUGCAAGCGCGGGGACGAGAUGGAGUGGCACGAGAGCUGGAGGUGUACAGAAGAUGGUAGAGAGAAAGGGAUUCCUCGGAACCAGGCUUGCUAUCGUGGAGACUGGAGCGGUGGGGUCCAAGCAGAAGGCUGUUGGGUUAGUGGUCGAGGCCGCGAAGAGGAUUUCUACCGGGAGGAGUUAUGCGUUGAGCUCCACUUUGAAGUUUGAGGAAGGGAAAGAGGAGGAGGUCACGGCUUUGUGCAAGGGCAUUGUUAGUUGGGCUCAUGGGAAGAUGCAGGACAGGAAAUCCGGGAUGCAGGGUUUUGAGUGCAAUGUGGAUGCCUUCGACAAAAAUACUCUACAUUUUUGGGAGAUUUAUGAGAGUUUUCCCUGCAUGAACGACUUCCGUGCCUCGCCGGAGCACACAAAAUUUGUGAUGGAUGUAAGGCCUCUGCUUACGGGUCCAAUUGCUCUUGCUGCUUAUGAAUACAAGGAUGGUCAAAUUGGUCACAUGAUGAAUCCCAUUGGACCCAAAGGAGAAGGAGGCCUUGACGACGCUACGGGACAAUCUGGUACCAAGCAGCAGUCUAUGGUUAUUAACCAGGGACUCGGAGAAACUGCAGAAAGAGAAACAUUUGAUCUUGAUUCUAUGUUGGGCAAGAUGUCUUUGAAAAGCAAAGCUGAUAAGGCUGAAGAGAAGUCAGAAGGUUGGAGCUUCAAGACUCUCUUCGGAGGUAAAAAGUGAGUGAGAAGCAAAACGUCUGCUACAUCAUUCAAUGACAAUGUUGUGAAGCAUGAUCAACAUAUGAGGUCAAUGUUCACUGCUUGGCUUUAUUCGGGAUCAAGACAGUCUAUCAAAUUUGUGAUGCCUUAGUCUGCCAGGAGGUAAACCUUUGCACCUGAAUGUGUAUCGAACAUGGAUCACCAUGGAUGUAAUGAUUCAUUAUAAAACUCAGGUUCCUCAGGAAACAGCAGAUGGAGAUAAACAUCACUUUCACUACGUCGAGGAAUUAAUUGAUGACACUAUCACGCGGAUUUUGUCAUGAAAUUCAUUCUUGUAUGUUUUACUUAUUGGUACGAUUAUGGCACUACAGUUUUGCCUAUUCGCAGCGUAACAGGUUACUUGGUCGCUCAUCAAAGAAGUCUCUUUAUACAUAUUACUCUCGCCAA